GUUGGCUCCCAAUCUUCUCCCUGCCCCUAUACACUUCUUUAAGGAAGACACAGGGAACGAUUCCUACCCCAGAACCGGCCUUCAAUCUGGCUUUUCUCCUAGAGACAUCGAUUGCUGCGAGACCUCGCUUCAUGGUCGACAACUUGACUGCAUUGGCUCCGUCUUCUACUAUGGUUGAAUAACACUGGUUGGAUCCUCUUCUACUCUUCGUUUAUUGCAUUUCUCUUUGAAAGCAAGACGUAAUUCUCGCGGAAGUCUUCAACAGAAUAUACAACUUGUUUCAGAUCUCGUGGAACGUCCCAUAGAAUAAGCUUAUUUAUUGAGUCAAAACUCUGUCACACUCUAUCCAUCCACGCUUAGAUAUCAGUAUACACCCGGAAAGUCACAAUGCCGACGAUUUCGCUGAUAAACUUCAACAUCGUCUGUGCGACGCUGGGGGGAUUUAUCUCGGUCUUUGCACUGGUCUCGUACCUUUUCAAGGAGAAGUUCUACCUGUCUGAAGCAUUGAUCUCAAUGCUGGCAGGGGUUGCUUUCUCUCCCCAUGCCGCCAAUUUUAUACGGCCCAUGGAUUAUGCCAUGGGUUCAGCCCAGAACCUGGAGUCGAUCACCAUGUAUUUUACCAGACUCGUCCUUGGAGUGCAAUUGGUCCUUGCAGGUGUCCAGCUUCCCAAACGCUACCUGCAGAUAGAGUGGAAAAGUUUGGCACUACUGCUCGGGCCUGGCAUGGCUGCUAUGUGGAUAUUUAGCAGUCUUCUGAUCUGGGCAAUGGUUCCCAACUUCACGUUCCUGCAUUCCCUAGUCGUUGGUGCUUGUGUCACUCCAACCGACCCCGUCCUCUCCAACUCCAUAGUUAAGGGGAAAUUCGCUGACAAGCACGUGCCUGUUCCGCUGCAGAGGAUUAUCGUUGCCGAAUCCGGUGCUAACGAUGGCCUUGGGUAUCCGUUCCUGUUCUUCGGACUGUACCUAGUCAAGUUCAUUGGAAUGGGUGGCAUGGGCACUAGCGGAGGAGGAGCAGGGAAGGCUAUCGGCAUGUGGUUCUAUGAAACCUGGUGUUACACGGUGCUUUUGAGUAUUGCCUACGGCAUCGUUGUCGGAUGGCUGUCUAGAGAACUGCUUCAUUGGGCAAAAAAGAACAAUUACGUUGAUCGUGAGAGCUUUCUUGUGUAUGCCCUUGCCCUCGCGCUUUUCAUCGUGGGGACAUGUGGCCUCAUAGGUAGCGAUGAUCUCCUAGCUUGCUUUAUCGCGGGCAACGUGUUUACCCAGGAUGACUGGUUCCGUCUCGAAACGUUAGAUGAUUCGCUUCAACCGACGCUUGAUAUGCUUCUCAAUCUUGCCAUUUUCAUGUGGUUUGGUGCAGUAUGUCCCUGGUCAGAGUUUAGGCAUAACGAUAUCAUUCCCAUUCUUCGACUUAUUUUCUUGGGGAUUUUAAUUCUUCUGGCUCGCCGAAUGCCCAUAGUUUUGGUCAUGUGGAAGCAAAUCCACCAGAUUGAAAACUUUGCGCAUGCCGCCUUCGUUGGCUUCUUUGGACCUAUUGGUGUUGGUGCUAUUUUCUACCUGUCCGUUUGUCGGGAAUUUCUGCGUGAGAUCACUGUCGAUGGAAAGGUCCGCGAGGAUGCGCAGAGGAUCUAUGAUGCGGUGAAUGUUAUCGUAUGGUUUCUGGUUAUCUGCAGUAUAGUGGUUCACGGUCUUUCCGUUCCCCUGGGUAAAGCUGGAUACCAUCUCCCACAGACCAUUUCGAUUGCUCUCAGCACAAGCACCAUGAUUGAACCAGAGCCCGUUCCCAUCUCUAGCACCAACAAGACCAAUAGUACUGCAGUCCCAGACGCAGAGAUUGUAGGUCGCAAACGUGGUCUGCGAGAACCGCCACGACCCACCGCCGUCCGCAUUGGUCGCUCUAUCAUAAGGACAGGUUCUCCAUCAAGCCAACCGCAACCUCUAACGGGACCAGCUAUGGAUCCGGGGAGUUCGGAAUUCUCUGUUAGUCAUGGGAAUGAGAAUGCGCAGAAGAAGGCUGACAGUCUAGUAUGAGUGUUAGCAGAGAAUUCUGAUAUACUCUUUAAGAGCCUGGCUUGGGUCGACAAGCUGUUGGCGGGGGAAGCUGUCAUUGAAAAUGUCUGGAGGAAGUAGAAGGUAUAUUAUAAAGUGCGGAUAUUUUAUUAUUUAUUUAUUUUUUUUUUUUUCUGGGUCUGUGUCCGCUGCCCAGAAGUUGUUAGAUGUUAGGAUCUCCACUCAAAAAGCAUUUUAAUUUUCAUUAAAGCCCAA